AUGCCAAUCAACCUCUGCAUCCUCACACUCUUCAUCUUCACUACUUUCCCUUGCCAUGGACAAUCCCAAACCACUUCUGACAGAUCAAUUCUUCUUGAUUUAAAGAAGCACUUUUUGAAUUCACCAAACAUCUCUCAUCACUGGACUUCAUCAUCAGACCACUGUACCUGGCUGGGAAUCACCUGCAGGAAUGGCGUCGUCACCAAAAUUCAGCUUGGUAGCCUAAUCAUCAACGACACAAUCCCACCCUUCAUAUGCGACCUCAAAAAUCUCACUCAUCUUGAUCUCAACAACAACAAUAUCCCUGGAUCAUUUCCUGCAUUUCUGUACAAUUGUUCCAAGCUUGAAUACAUGGACCUUUCUUUUAACAACAUCAGUGGCAUCAUACCUGAUGAUAUUAGCCUGCUUUUUCCUCGACUAGAGGUUCUUAACCUGACUUCUAACUGGUUCGUGGGCGAGAUUGGCAACUUGUUGAAUCUUGAAGUUCUUGUUCUUAGCCAGAAUAGUUUCUCACCGCAGGAAAUCCCACCGAGUUUUAUCCAGUUGAAGAAACUGAGACACCUCUGGAUGAAAGAGGCUGAGUUGAUUGGCAAAAUCCCGGAAAAUAUCAGCAGCAUGGAAGCACUAGAGUACCUGGAUUUAUGCAAAAAUUACUUGAGUGGAAACAUUCCAAGUCACUUGUUCCUGCUCAAGAAUUUGACCACGGUUUUCCUCUACACAAACAGAUUGUCUGGGCCUAUUCCCCGUCCAGUUAUGGCCUUGAAUUUGAAUGCAAUCGAUUUUUCUAAUAACAGCUUGACGGGAAGCAUUCCAGAAGACUUUGGAAAGCUGACAAAGUUGGAGGAUUUGGCCUUGUUCAUGAAUCAAUUAUCAGGCGAAAUACCAGUAGGCAUCGGUAGAUUGCCAGCACUGUCUUCUAUUGAACUCUUCAUGAACAAUCUGUCAGGUGAACUUCCGCCAGAUUUUGGUCGAUUUUCAAAACUUCAAGUUUUUGAUGUCUCCACAAACCAUCUUACAGGAUCACUACCAGAUGGUUUGUGUGAUAAUAAGGUGUUGGCUACCAUGAUUGCCUUUGACAACAAUCUCACGGGUGAGCUACCAAAAUCACUUGAGGAUUGUAACACCUUGAAUGGAGUCAGGGUUGAGAGAAACAAUCUUUCUGGUACAAUUCCUAAUGGUGUGUGGACAGCUGGGCCUUUGACAAGGUUGUUGAUUAACAAUAACCAGUUCACUGGUCAGCUUCCACAAAGGGUGGCAUCAAAUUUAUCUCUAGUUGAUAUCAGCAACAACCGAUUUUCGGGUGAAAUUCCUCCUGCAAUCUCUUCUUGGAGCAAGCUAGAUACCUUCCGGGCAAGCAAUAAUUUCUUAACAGGUAAAAUUCCUCAAGAACUCACGGCUCUUAGUUCUUUAUCAGUCCUGAAGCUUGAUGGGAAUAAGCUUUCUGGAAAUUUUCCUAAAAAUAUUAUAUCUUGGAAGUGGUUGUCCACAUUGAAUUGCAGUAGAAAUGAGCUUUCCGGCACAAUCCCUCCAGCACUAGGUCUUUUACCAAACCUUUAUCAGCUAGACCUGUCUGAAAACCAAUUCUCCGGGGAAAUCCCACCGGAAAUAGGCCGUAAACCAAUUUCACUCAAUCUGUCCUCCAAUCAUCUCUCGGGGAAAAUCCCAGACCAAUUUGAAGAUGCAGCUUUUGAAAAGAGCUUCUUGAAUAAUCCUGGUCUUUGUGCUACUACGCCCUCAUUAGGCCUCAGGGAUUGUGGGAAAUCAAAAAAGAUUUCAGCCGAAGUUAUUACAAUUGUAGCAGCAUUUUUAUUCAUCGUGGGCGGUCUAUUAUUGGUGUAUGUGUUCAGAAGUUACAAGAAAAGACAACGACCAUUAUACGAUUGA